AAGGUAUUAGAAAGAGAGGGAAGGCUCCUGUGUUAAAUGCGUUUCCUUAUGGAGAGAGAUUUCUCCUCUUCUGCCUCGCGGUAGGAGAGGUUGGCUUUUCGUUCGGGUAUACUCGGCUCUAUUUCGUGGAGGCGCAAAACAUUGGCGCCGAGUCGAGGAAGACUGCACAAAAGGCAGCCGUGGGUGCGGACGUAACCCAUCAGCCAGGCACCCUGCCGCUCUCAUACUCCGAGUCAGGAUGAAUAAAUUGAAUAGACGAAUUAUAUUUACCUGGAAGGUCGGCUUAACACCUAAUUUGUUGAAUUCGCCAGGCAUAGAAAUAAAUACCAAAAGAAAUGUUAAUGCCACUUUUUUGGGGAUUAGACAAAUAAAAGGGGCAAUUGGGUGAGAUGGACUCGGCGCCGAUUUCCGAAAAUUCCUCAAAGGCUCAGACACGCCGUUUGCAGACAAUGCAGAAUGCACCUGUGCAACUUUUCGACCUGCACUGCUCGGUCAGUCUGAAAUAUUUUCAGCGGCUGGAAAGACGUAUCCCUCCAGUAUCUAUCAUUGACGAAACUAUAUUCCGAGUUCCGAGCAGUCCAGAAAUUAUUCACAAUUAAAAUUUGAUCAAAUUUAAAUGAGCAACUUAAGUGACGCAAAAAAUGAUCCAACCUAUGCUCUUCAAUGUCCUCGCCAGAAGAAAUUUUUGUCAUGCAGCUUAUGCAAGAGACGGCGGGGUCCCCUUGAAUCAAAUAUUGAUGAAAAUGUCAAUAUUCCUCUUUUUCGUAUGCGCAAUGUCAAAGACGAAGAUAUUAAAAAUCAGUGGUGUGAUUGGAUCCAGGAGUACUAUCCUGAAGUGAAUAUUUCUCCCAACCUUUAUGUCGGCGGGGAGCACUUUUCGCCCAUGUCAAUCAAGGGUGGAAACAACAUGAGAUGGAAACUGGAAAGGGGGGCCGUUCCGAGUAUAUAUGUGCAUCCUCUUAUAUAUGCCAAAAAACUUCCAGUGCAAGAUGACAAUCUAGAAACAGCUGCAAAAAGGAAAGCUCCCGAGCAAUCCAAUAUUGCCCCUAAAACCAAUAAAAUUCGGCGUCAAAUCAUCAGCGAUAAUGGAGCAGAAAUUCGCGUUGACAUCUCACAAGCAGCACCAUCAAAUUCCUCCAACCUAAAUGUCAGCGGCUGCAGCACAUUGGAUAUGUCUCUUGGCGCAGUUAAUUAUCGUACGACAAGUUCAGCGCCUGUAAGCAACAACUUGACACGGCAAGUAAUAUUAGACACAAUUAAGGAGCAUUACAAUAUUUUGGAGUCGAUUGAUAGAAAUAUUGUGUUUGAUGAAACUCCUAUUAGAAAUAAUUUUAAGAAAGAGAGAGUUGGAAUUGAAAAUAGUAUAAAUUCUUGGCUAAAUGAAUCUAGAAAUAUGAAUGAUUUGGCGCCAACUGAUAUUCAAUCAUUAUUUGAGAAACUCAAGGUAAAUUAUGGCCUUCAGUUGCGUUAUCUUUCCAUGUUGAGCACAAAGAACGAAUUAAUUGAGCAUGAUUAUGAAAUGGCAGAGGACUGUGCUGUUGAUAUUGUUGGUUAUAUUGCUGCAUUGGCCAUGACUUACCUGGAGUUGGGUUAA